UCCAAGAGCCUCUCUUCCUUUCUCUCGUUGGCAGUGUGCGGCGAGGGUCUCUCUCAUUGGCAGAGAGAGAGAGAGAAAGAGAGAGAGAGGAAGAAGAUGGUAUUGUGGGUAUUCGGGUAUGGAUCUCUCAUUUGGAAAGCAGGCUUUCGCUACGACGAGCGACUUGUUGGAUUCAUCAACGGAUUUCGCCGUGUCUUCUACCAGGGUAGCACUGAUCACAGGGGCACUCCUGCUUAUCCAGGCAGAACAGUCACCUUGGAGGCUUCUCCCGGGGAUGUCUGUUGGGGAGUUGCGUAUAAAGUUUCGGGAGAGGAGGAUGAACAAAUUGCAUUAUCAUAUCUGGAAGUAAGGGAGAAGCAGUAUGAUGAGAAGGCUUAUCUUGAUUUUUUUACUGACCCGAUGUCUACGACUCCAGCAGUCUCUGGAGUCCUGGUAUACAUAGCUUCACCGGACAAGAACCUCAAUAGGAAUUACUUGGGCCCCGCAUCACUUGAAGAAAUGGCAAAUCAAAUUGUCAAUGCCGAAGGCCCGUCAGGACCCAACAGGGACUACCUUUUCCAGCUUGAAAAAGCUCUUCUUCAUUUGGGAUGUGAAGACAAGCAUGUCAUGGAUUUAGCCAAUGCUGUCAGGAGCAUCAUUGCAGAGAUGAACAUGAGUUUGUGAUAAUGGGCACUAGUACACUCUUGUGAAAGCAGCAAUUUUUCAAGAACGAUGUUGUAACAAUAUCAUUCUUACCAUAGAACAAGUGACUACUUGUUAGCUUCAGGAAGGUAAAAACCUAAAUGCCUCAUUCUUCAUUUCACAUUCCUCAUCAUGAAUAAAUGUAGGAAAGUGAGAAGACUACUGGAAAUAGCAAUCCCCAAACAUGAUUUCUCUAUAAACUUGCUGUUUGCU